AUGCUUCUCCGAACAAUUAUAUCCCGUACGGCACGCACAUUAGAAAAGCCGCUUUCCAGCGUCAAGGGUGUUUUUGCCCCUCACUCUGAUGGGCUUCAUUUUGCCGAGCGUGCAGUCAAAAGCACAGCAUCUGAGCCGUUUUUUUUCUGUGGUAAGCGCUUGCUAUCGUGCCGAGCAGCGGAUUCCUAUGCGGCUGUUGCCUCGGAGCUUCUACCAUUCUUAACCUCUUCAGGCCCUUCAGAGGCUCCUGGCGCGUCUUCCCAAAGCAUCGCUCCGAGGUGCCCUACACCUGGCUUACUAAAACCGCGCACUCACGUCUAUUUGCAAGGCCACAGCGUUUUAUGCGUCUUUCGGAAUAAUAAAUUAUCGUUUCUCUCCAAAGGGGAUGAAUGGUUUCAGCGACAUGAGCUAUCACUGCUUGAGAACGAUGUACUUGCUCUCUUGUGUCCUGUGCAUGCGAAUGAAGACGCACAUAAGCUUUUCACUAGCGCAUUCAAACAAUUCCCAUGCGAUAUGGAGUAUAUCGCGGAGGAGCUACUUCUGAAGCUGGGGUGUCCAAUGGAGAGCGGGAGUACGUCGGUCGUCGCGCGGGCUGCGUGCAGUGUGCCCACUUGGGCAACAGAACCUCCUUGUUCCCAUCUAAAUCUAUGA